AUGCUCUCCAAUCUUCUCAACCCAGAAGAACAACAAGUUCCCUCCGCCACCGCUGCUACUCCACAGCCGCCGAACAUCGCGUCGACUUCCAACGGAUCCACGCCGCCCUCGCAGUCAGCACCGCAGUCUCAAUCAGCAUCGCCCACACCUAUGGCGGGCUCCGCCAUGACCAUGCCGGCCGUGGGCGCAAUGCAGAACCAAGACGAACAUCGUCCUGAUCUGCCUCGUCCUUACAAAUGUCCGCUCUGCGAUAAGGCCUUCCAUCGUCUCGAGCACCAAACUCGCCACAUUCGUACCCACACUGGAGAGAAGCCGCAUGCUUGCCAAUUCCCCGGUUGCACGAAACGAUUCAGCAGGUCCGACGAGUUGACUCGCCAUUCGCGCAUACACAACAACCCCAACUCACGCCGAGGAAACAAGCAGCAUGUCGCCGCCGCCGCCGCCGCUGCAGUACAGGCCGGCAUGUACGACAACGCCGCCCUACAGCAGCAGAUUCAACAAAUGACCCAGCUCAACCAUGUCAACCAAAUGAACCAGAUGAAUCAACUGAGCCAGAUGAACCAUAUGGGCCACCUCAACCAGCUCAGUCAACUUAACCAGCCAAGUCCGCACCACAUGAACGGUAGCCACAUGAACGGAAUCAUGCCUCCUCCACCACAACAACAUCUCCAGCAACUUCAGCAGUUACAGCAGCAGCAGCAGCAAGCGCAACAACAACAACAACAACAACAACAACAACAGCAACAACAGCAACAACAACAGCAACAGCAGGCGCAGCAGCAGCAACCACCUCCGCAUCCACAACCUCAGCCUCAGCCUCAGCCGCAAACCACUCAGUCUGCCCCUACGUCGCAACUGAGCUCGCCGAACGUCUCGCCUCCACACUCUUACGCAACCUACGCGAGCACACCUGGCUCAUACAUGACACGUAACGUCAGUGGAGAUAUCAGUCCGGCUGCUGGAAACGCCUACGGACAUCGACCGAUGGACAUCAAUUUACUUGCAACCGCGGCUUCCCAAGUGGAGCGCGAGAACAGCCAGCUUCCCAACCAACACCUGUCGCUCCCAACAAGAAACACGUAUUCGACGCAUCCUUACCAUCACCCGUACCACACUGGUCGCAUGCCGUCGCUCUCAUCUUACCACUAUUCGUCGAACCCGACUUCGCAGCCCAUGUCUCGUUCACACUCACACGAAGACGACGAACGCCCUACGAAGAAGUCGAGGCCUGGAAGCCCACAGUCGACCGCACCACCGUCUCCCUCGUUCUCUCACGCGUCGGCUUCCCCCACUCCAGACCACACACCACUGGCAACGCCCUCUCAUUCCCCACGCCUACGACCGCAAUUCUACCACAAUGGCGUGCAGCUUCCAACAUUACACCACCUCUCUUUGGCACAUCAGCCACCGCCUGCUUUGGCACCGGUCGAGCCUUCUGCAGAUGGUCAACAGCCAUAUGUACCGAUGCAGCACAGCGGUCUGAGGAUCAGCGAAAUCAUGGAAGCCGGCGAUGGCGCGCAACGCAAGCUUCCUGUGCCCAUGAUCGCGCCUCCGAAAGAUCAGAGCUACACAGUGAAGGGACUUGCGAAUCCUGGAAGCGGACCCAGCAGUGGCUCGAAUAGUGCGAGAGCAAGCGAGGCCGGCAACGAUCUACAAGAACGCAUGUAG